CAAUGGUCCAAUGGAGGGGAAAAGAACGAUAGACGAAUGCUCCAUUCCGUCGGCUUACCUCUGCCGCCUUUAAAUCAUUGGGGCGGGAGAAAAUAUAUUUGACGGCACAUUUCUUUUCCUCUUUUUCCUCCUUUUCCUCCAAAUCGUACAAGUGAAGAAGUUGGAAAUGAGUGAGCGCAAGGCGCGUUCCAAGUGAAGUGAAGCAAAGUGAAGUGAUGAUUCGUCUUACUCGGGAGGUAGCUUAGGUACCUAGCUUAAGGUUGAAUCUACUCAAAACUUGCUGUCUCCAAGAUAACUCAACCUCAGCCUCCACAUCAACUUCGUCGUCUUCAACGAACAUUCGCCGCCAUGAGUACCUACACAGAUGAAAUUAGCCAGUAUAGCCUCGAUACCAAGGGCAUCGUGGGUUUUAUCGACAGCUUGAAAGAGUCGUUCAAGCAAGGCGAAGAUUGCGACCUUACCAUCACCUGCGGAGCACGACGAUGGCAAGUCCACAAACUCAUCCUGUGCCUCCACUCCCAAGUGUUCAAAAAGAUGCUUCGCGGACCAUUCAAGGAAGGCUCUCAAGCCGAGGUCGCGCUGGACAAUGAUGAUCCGGACGUGCUGGACACCAUCUUUCGGUAUAUGUACACCUUCGAAUACAGCUCUACCCCGUCCACUCUUUCCAGGAUGUCGGAAUUGGUCAUGAGUAUGCGCGUCGCCAAAGCUGCCGAUUACUACAGCAUGCCACGUUUGGAGAUGGCGGCAACGCAGGCCUUUCGUAGGUCCUGUUACAAGAGGCACUACUUUACUCGCCCUGUCAUCGACUGCGAUCAAGAUGUCGCCGAUGCUAUCUCGGAGGCGUUUUGCGAGGAUGGUUAUGAUCAAUUUCGCAGGCCUCUGCUCGCAGUUGCGGCCGAGAACCUAGAAGUGCUCAAAGCACAACCGGAGAAAUACAAAUACUUCUGGAAGCUUGUAGACAGUUGCACACCCUUCGCUGUGGCACUCUUGCGUUACCGCCCAGAAAAGGUGUCUCGGGCCGAUCAAACGCAUACAGAGCCACGCUCGGACAAGAACAUGAAGUUCUCUGCAGACCUCUAUUAUUAA